CUUCCCAGUUGAGAAAAACACGCCGAAGAAGAGAGAUAUGGAACGCUAGUAGGGGUGCGGUAACGCAGUUUCUUUUUAAAUCACUCGGCCCGGAGAGCGCCUCGUAAAGUGACCUCCACCGCCCAGACAUGUCGACCCCGACUGUGCUUCUAGGCCGUCGUUCGCCGAACAAGCAAACGCAGCUCGCCAAGCGGACACCUACCGAACCAAUCACAACAGCGCAGUCACUGUGUCACUCUGGAAAUAGCCUAGUCGGACGAUUCGGCGACGGCAGCGCGCCAAGCGGGCGACGUCAUUGAAGACCACAGACCUGCAUCUGGGUCAUUGUUUGCGGAACGAGUGAACGCUGCUCAAGACUCUCGCAUCUCCGGAGUUGUUUACUACAGCGCACACAGUGAGUCAGAAGUGUUCGACUUGUGGCUCUCGUCACCGAUUCAACUACUGCAGGCAUCAAGCGCACGUUGUCUUUGGAGACCCGACCCCAUCGCCGAGCCCUUCCAGAGUCAUUCAGUACGACAGCGCACUCAUUGAGUGAGUCUGGAAAGACAACUCGGCCCUAUCGCCGAUUCAGCGACGGCAGCGCGCCAAGCGGAAGACGUCUUCGGAGACGCCAGUCCUUCACCCUGCGCCUACAGCGUCAUAGCUCUUACUCGUAGACGAAGCUAACGCGCCACGGCCUCUUGCGAGUCAAUCGGGUUUAAGACUGCAACUGUGAAGUUCAUGGAGCGAGGACGGCGCUUCAGGGUGACGUCACAGGGCCCCCUUCGCUUGCGACUUGGCAGCCAGCUGCGUUAUACCACUGCCUAUGAGUAAGCGAACACAGCGCUCCAAGCGAAGAUUGUUUACCGUCAUUCAUUCAGGCCUAGUGUAAGCGCGACGUAGCCUAGGCAGAGUACAUGGUGUGCGAAAAGCCUUUAGAGUUGUGACCUUGCUUGUGUUUCGACUGUUGGAUACUGGGACUUGAUUUUCUUAUCAUUAGUGAAGUGACCCGCAAGUCUCUGCUCGCUGUCUUUCGCGUUCAGAAUUUAAAGGGCAGAAGCACGACGAAGGCAACUGUGAAAACGUAACAGCUGCCACUGCAAAGUGAAACUAAGACGCCAAGGUAACUAAGCUCUUAACGGCCAAUGCAGACGGAGUGUGAUGAUCGAAGUGUUUACUGGGUUGGCUGCAGUGACACUUAUAUGACCAUCUCACAAAUGUUUUGUAAGAAUGCUUGCUGGUCGACGUAGUCUAUCGUAUUUAAUGCGUUCUACGCGAAUGCGUCAUUUGCUUGCAUGAAGCAAGUGUGACAAGCAGGUUAGACUUACUCACCAGCUGUGGCUUCGCAAGCCAUUUGGCUCACCAAGACACCAUAGUGCCUCUCCUGCAACGAGGGGUAGUAACAUGGAUUCGGGUGGUGCAAUAACACAGCCCAUGAAGAAGUAACAGCAGUAUAGCAGUGGUACAGUAUAGUUUACAAAUUGUCAAACCUAAGCAGCCGUUAGUUAGAUAGCAAAGUUGUCUGCAUGAUUCAGCACAUACGUUCUGCUAUUCAUGUGCUUCACUUCACAAGAUCUGGAUUCAAAAAACAGUGAGGAGUGAAUGAACUUGAUUGGGAAACCAAGCCUGGUCAGCAGAAAAGCAUUUCGUAAAAAAAAGAGAGAAAAGCGUGAUGUCGAGCAAGGAAGCUGUAAUUCUUCAAUAAGGAGUGUGUGGUUAGUCAUGCGAGUCUGGGCGAUUUACUUCGUCGUUUGAAACAAUCUUAUGCCUUCGAGGAAAGUUCGAAAGCCACUGACCUCACAAAGCGCUUUUUGCCUUUACCGUGAUGGUCUUUCACCUCUGGCGAGCAGAUAACCUCCUGAGUUUCUUUGGGGCCGGCCAAAGCUUGACGUAGUACGGCUUCCACAGGUUACGCCACAAAUGAAAAAAAGAAAAGCAAUAAGAAGAGAGAUUUCAAAUUUUCAAUUUGAGGUGUCGACUUGAGAGAGUCUGAAACUUUGAGCAUCCUCCACCAACUUUUGCGCGUUGAGUGCACUAUUUGCUGCGUUUCAUUUGUUGCAGUUGAUUUUUUUUCUUUUCUCGUUUUCUAUGUUCUUUUCGCUAGUGUUAACAGCCAGCGAAGUGAGUGAAGUGAAGUUGCAAGAGCCUACCAAGUAGCUUCGCCGAGACGAACGUAUUUUAGUCGCUUUUCAUGAGUGACGUCAUACCCUUUGAGGGGUUAUAAAACCUCUAAAGUGAAGGAGGCGCCUGGAGUGUAAGAAGACUUUGACAUAGAGUGGUUCCGAAGUGAUUGCCCCUUUGUGUCAUUUCCAUGAACGUCGGACGGUCGUAAAGGGCGUGUGAUACACUGGACGCUCGCAGCUGUGAUUCAGUCGAUGCUUUCAGAGUGAAUAAACGGCACCUUAUUUUGUUCUCUCAAUCGUCACAGCACUAUUUACAGUUCUGAAGGGAUAGUGACCGAAGGCUACGAUGUGUUUACGAAGAAAACCCAUCGAGAAACAAACAAACAUAAUCUUAGAGGGCAUCGGCACGGUGUUUCGGUCGUGCUGAUGCAGUAGGUUCUCUUGUACUCGGGUAAAGGAUUGACCCAGGGGACCAGCCAAGAACCUCUGAACGCAGUGGCAGUUGUCAUCCAUCGCAACUUCGAAGUGCCAUGGAGAAGCUUUUCAAACGUUAUUUUUCUAUGCGCUCAGAGAAAACAUCGGCUAGCAAGAGUUUGAAGGGCACUGCAUAUCCACAUUUCUAAAAUACUCGCACAUUUAUAGUAACACAAGCGGCACAACGCGGAUCGAAAACCUCGCAUGCUUUAGGACUGACAAGAUCAUGACUUUUGUUUCAUUCAACUUAUAAGACUUGUUAACGACGGAAACUUCUUAUUCUUCAGUUAUCUCGUCACAAAUCAAGGCACAUCUGCCGGCUCACAACUCUAUUACGUUGACUACUAUACUUGCCUAAUUUCUAGUCUACCUUCCAACGAGUGAGAGAAAGCUCGACUCUUUGCUCAACGAACUAGUCAAACUUGUGAAUGCACGUACAGAGACGAAGAUUCGACGGGCCGAAACCACCGGAGGACUUCUACCGUGACCAGUGCAGCUAUAGGGGUGUUCCUGUGCAGAUCGGUGUGGCCGAAAGGGUCGAGUGUAGUGCAUGAGUGCCAAUCUCUUUUCGAGUGGGUGUUGUCCCGAUCUGUUCCGGAUAGCACCUGCUGUAGUGACGCAAUGGGACAUGUGGUCCACGCCAUUUCGCCGGACGUCCGGAAGCUACGACUUCGUGGUCACCUCCACGUCAUCAAGAAAAGCGAUCCAGGGAGAAGUUAAGCUCCCCGCUGAGAAUGGAGAUACGAGGCAGUACCGGGCCACGCCUGACUGGGGGGAGAGUGCUAUCAAUGGGGACCACUUAUGGACAGCCACUAGUGCCUCUGGGGAUCUCUGUUACGUGGGAGAGAGUGAAUGCUCAAAACAUGGACCCCGGAUGAAAUGCCCAGCUUGUAAAAUAACUGUUCACGCCGGAUGCAUUAGCAUUUUAAGUGAUAAAAUGAAGUUUCAAUGUAAGCCAACAUUCAGAGAUGUUGGCAUCAGACAAUACCGAGAGCAAACUGUGAUUCAGCACCACUGGGUACAUAGGCGCUAUGAGAAAGGCAAGUGCCAACAGUGUAGCAAGUCCUUUCAGUCAAAACUCUCAUUUGGUAGCAAGGAGAUAGUGGCCAUCAGUUGCACGUGGUGCAAGACAGCCUACCACAACAAGGAGUCUUGUUUCAGUAUGCAAAGGAUUGGGGAGCAGUGCAACCUGGGUACACACAUGGACAUCAUAGUGCCGCCCUCGUGGAUCGUCAAGCUGCCCAGGAAGGGUUCCUUCAAGUCAUCUAUCAGGAGGUCACCAAAGAAGCGGGCUUCUACGAAAAAGAAGUCCCGUAAAGAGGGAUGUGGAGACAAGGACAUGCAGCGUGCGUUUGCCAUCAAGCCAAUCCCGUGUGCGUCAAGCAAGCCCCUGUUGGUGUUCAUCAAUCCACGAAGUGGGGGCAACCAGGGGUCCAAGAUGAUGCAGAAGUUCCAGUGGCUUCUUAACCCACGCCAGGUCUUCGAUCUCUCGGAAGGAGGUCCCAGACAGGGGCUUGAGCUCUACCGCAAGGUGAACAACCUACGAAUACUGGCAUGUGGGGGCGAUGGAACGGCGGGCUGGAUCUUGUCCGUGAUUGAUGAGAUCGGCAUCGUGCCCCCGCCGCCCGUCGCUGUGCUACCCCUGGGUACCGGCAACGAUCUGGCUCGUGCACUUGGCUGGGGAGGGGGUUACACGGAUGAGCCUGUAUCAAAGAUACUCCAAGAUGUUCAGAAUGGGGACAUCGUUCAGCUGGACAGGUGGGACCUAAUUGUAAAUAGAAACACGGAGGUGGACAUAUCUCAGUGCGAAGAAGGCAAAGAGACUGUGCCUUUAAAUGUUGUGAAUAAUUAUUUCUCUAUCGGUGUGGACGCCCACAUUGCCUUGGAGUUUCACGAAGCACGCGAAGCUCACCCUGAGCGGUUCAACAGCAGGCUAAAGAACAAAAUGUUUUACGGCCAGGCAGGAGGCAAGGAUCUCCUUCAGCGAAAGUGGAAGGACCUCUGCAACUACGUCACAUUGGAGUGCGAUGGCCAAGAUUACACGGGGAAGUUACGAGAGCACAAAGUACACUCCAUUCUCUUCUUGAACAUUCCCAGUUAUGGUGGUGGCACGAGACCCUGGGGAAAUCCGGGGACAGCAUUUGAAAUGCCACAGACCGAUGAUGGCCUCAUUGAAGUGAUUGGCCUCACCAUCUACCAAAUGCCUUUCCUCCAGGCGGGUGGCCAUGGCACGUGCCUAUGCCAGUGCCGGAGCGCCCGCGUCGUGACGAGCAAAACCAUCCCGGUGCAAGUGGAUGGGGAGCCCUGCCGCCUACUGCCAUCGCUCAUCGAGCUGCAUAUGCGCAACAAGGCCUGCAUAGUGGCCAAGGCCAAGAUUCACAACCAAGUGCCAAGCCAGUUACCACUGGAAAAGCUGACCAUUGCCAUCCGAAAGCUGAACAUGGCUGAUUACGAGAAUUAUCACUACGACAAGGAGAGGCUACGAAGCCUAUCCAUACCGAUUGGAACAUUGACUGUGAACCCUGACACUGAUCUGGAGAAUGUCAGGCUGAUGAUCAACCAGUUGUGUUCUCUGGAAGGUCCAGACGCACAGAAUCUGUCACCGUCCAAGAGGUUCUCACCCGACUGGUGCUUUCUGGAUUCGUGCACAGCGGAGAGGUUCUUUCGCAUCGACCGAGCUCAGGAGCAGUUACACUACGUCGUCGACAUCGGUCAGGACGGUGUGUACAUCCUCGACCCAGAGCAAUCGCCGAUCGCUCCGGAGCCGCCACCACCGCCACUGACGUCACCCACAACAGAGGAGAUUAGUGCCCUGGACAGUUCGUCCGUCUUGAAGGACACUGCGGAAGGCCUAGCAGCUGUAGCAGCAGCCGCAGCCGCAGCUGCAGCCGAAGCUGUAGCCGAAGCUGAAACGAAGGAGCCAGCUCCAACGUGGAGCCCCUCUACCCCCAUGCAAGACUGUAAGGAACAGAAAGUUGAAGCUGGAGAGCAGCUGCAGCCAACUUCAUCGCACGAAGUAAUCAUGGCUGCCAAACUGGGGGAUCUCUUAAGGCUAAAGCAGCUUUGUGACAGUGGUCACAGCCUGCUGUCGACGGACGACAGUGGGAUGACGGCACUGCACCAUGCCGCUCGCUACGGACACAAGGACGUUGUUCGGUAUAUUGUCGCCAGCGCGCCGCCAGUGAUCUUGGACAUUGUGGACAAAGACAGAGGACAGACGGCUCUUCACAAGGCGGCGGCGUACAAGCGAAGAACUAUCUGUUGCAUGCUCGUAGCAGCAGGAGCAUCGCUGUCCAAGGCAGACUGCCAGGGACAGACAGCGAAGCAGCUGGCUGCCAGAGCCGGCGAUGAGGACUUGGCAGCAUACCUGGAAAGCCAGGAGCACUUCGAAAGGCUCGUGCAGGAUCGGGAGACAGCCGUCUGACGACAGCUGAACGCUGGCGCCCUGCCCCGCAAUGACAAGGGCCUCAGCUUUCCCCUUCCUCGGUCGUUCCUGUGGAACCACGAAGCCGACACCAAAGCCACAGCUGCAAGACUGCGUUGAGCAAGCCAGGCCAAGGCUUCAGCCUAAGUGGCAGCCAGAGCUCUUACGUGAGAUGCAGCUUAUGGGAGAGAGAGAAAGGUUGCGGGCCGCACGAGCUCCACUUAGUCAAAAUCGCAGCACAUGUUAGGAGGAGGAGCCGAGUCGCGAGACUGUUCUGUUCUGGUCCGACAAUGGAAGGAGCCGAAAGAAGGGUGGUACAGGCCCGAGGAGAAGAGAAGGCAGGGUUAUGUGGCAGUUUGUAAUGUGAGGCCAGAACGGAACAUAAACAGUUUAUGCAGACCCAGUAUGCAUGCUUCUUCACGUUAAGAACUUUCACUGAUGCAGCUUGUGCAAUUGGUGCUUUAGCGUGGUGACUUGUUACGUGCAAGCACAUUCACAAACUGGUUUGUGUUUCAGCAUUGCAUCUUGGAAGUCAGUUAUGAUCUUAAGUCAUCUUAAGUCAGCUUGUGCUUUUAUGUUCCAUUCUGGCCUGGCAGUGUACUAGUCAUUCAUGGGGCGUUAUGAAAAGGUACUUUUAACGGUUUUAUCUUGAAAUAUGUUUGCAGACUAGUUUUCUUUGCUUCGUGAAUUUUCAGAUAUUCUUUCUAGCCCUCGUUGGAAAAUAUAUUUGGAACAUGCUUGCAGAUCCUUUGCGGACGACAUUCGCAUGGGUUCUCAGUGAGCUUACUUGACAUGCAUAAAUAAGCCUUGACAAUUUCUCGCGCUCCCGUUCUUGUGACACCAUUGACUCUGUAUCUGCUGCAGGGAGUGGAAGUUUCGGUUUACCGCUUCUUUGAAUUGUUCAUCAGUUGGCAGCUGCCCAAGAGCUUAGAUAUUUGGUGCUUUCAAAUGCUGUGCUCCAUCGAGCACAAGAUGCUUACAAGCUAUGUUCACUCAUUUACUGAGGUAUGUUGUAUCCCGAUUUAACCGCAGGCUCAUAGAUCUAGCGAUUUGCCUUGCCACUUUUGUCAUGUCGCGUGUGAAAACGCUUAUUAGAGUUCGGCGAUCAUGGCAGCGUGGUACUGGUUUCUGUGCAGCUCUGCUUUCUUCACUGCUUUUUGUCUCGUAAUGAACAGGCAAAAAGUUCUCAUUGUACACAUCCUAACGCAUAUAUCUUGGAUAAUUUGCACACUUCUUUUAUGGUUGCACGCCCUUUGCCUCAUUAUGCGAUUCUCAGCAAAACAAGUUUGCCGUGGCGUUUUGAAACUCUUGCACUGUGUUUAAAGUUUUUCACAACCUUUCCAGCUACACCACGGCGGUCCUGAAGUCUUUCACCUGGCUAACCUUACAUUGAACAUGUGCACACCUUGUCAGUGACGAUGUGCAGUUUGUCGUGGUCAAAAGGGAGUCUCCUCUGUUCACUUUAGACUCGUAGAAUGCGUUCCUCUGUCACACGUGGAUGUGGCGACAGCGGAGGCAGGCAAACGUGCAAAGCCUUCUCAACGUUCCUGCACCAUCCUCCUCAACAACUUUGGCCUUAACGUCACCAGCGGCUCCCUCCAUGUGGUGGCGUGGAAGGUAAUGCCGACAGAAUGACGCUAGCGCCUCCUUUGGGCGAUACUAGACGAAACCUCGAGUGGUCCCUAUGCGGAACAGCCCCUUUCCCUUCAUCAAGAAGGAGGGGUGCAGUAGUUUCAUUGAAACGUGCUACGCUAUAUAACGCUCUCGCAUUACGUUGUACAAUUUUGUAUAUUUAGCCCUUGUACAAUAGCAGCGCAAUUGUAGUAGAGCUAGUUGUUUCGACUGCCCCCCUUGGAGGAGGAGAAAAAGAAACACGCAUUUUUAACUCCAAAACAAUACGUGUUUGACUUUCAUGCGGUGCACCUUAUUGUUUAUUUUAUUUUUUAGUCCCCGCAGCAAUGGCUGGAGGAUGACCAAGGCAUUUUUCAGAGGCUGGCAGGCCUUAGCCUUGCCCCUGUGUAGUAGUGUGUCCUCUGUAGGCUUUUCCUUUUGGCCCAGUUGAAAGCUCUUGUCCACGAGCUUCUUGUUGCCAGUAGAAUGUGAAUGCACAGUCGCUUGUCGCAUGUCGAAGGACGAGGGAUUUUCGUGUGGACGCCAAGUUUGACCCACCAAUUGCAGCUCUUCAAUGGCAGCAUGCUUUAUAUGCCUUUGCAGACUGCUAUUUUUCGUUGUUGUUAUUGUUGCUUACUUUUUUUUUACCUGUGUAUAUCAAUCAUUUCUUCCUUCCUCACCAAAGUGACUUGCAUGUACUGAAGUUUUUGCUUUUGAUGAUUUCUGUUGCACUCUUUUGUGUGUCAAUUUUUUUUUAAUUCACCCGUCUUGAUGGCUUCAAGGUAUCUGUGCUGGCAUUAUGUGUGCAGGUUUCUGACAUAUUACUCUUGAAUUGCCUAAAUUUUAUUGCCUGAAAAAAAAAAAGAACCACUUGAAUUGCACUUUAAGGUACUCACAUGUGCAGUUCAGAAAAUGAAACAUCUAUGCAAUUGGCCACUCCAGGAGGAAAUUUGUGGGCUUCUCAUGAUAAGCCGAAAUGGGUACUAGUGCAAAUGAAUGUUGUUAUAUUCCACAUGUUUUCUUUAGUUCAUAUGCUUUGACAUCCAAGGUCAAUUUUGAGGCAUCUUAUGGAAGCCUAUGACAUGUUUUAGACAUAUUGAGUUCUGAAAAAUCUCUCAAGAAAGUAGCAAUAUUGAGUUGGUCUCUUUAUCAGCACAUUUUCUUGUCACAGCAUAGCAAUGUUGUCUUCUUUUGUCAUUUUUGUGUGCAUGGCUGCUCUGUGGGAAGGCUAUGGCUUUAAUCAACCAAAGGAAGUGAGGAUCAUUGUAAAUUUAACAAAGAAAAUAUACUUUUGAAACUGGUUUGAAUUAACUAGAAUUGCUCAAUUGUCUGACUUGGGCAUUAUUGUGAGUCGACUUCGUUUGCACUCAAGAAAGUAUUAGCCAGCUUUGGACACAACACGUACAAUAAUAUGGACUCGCCUUGUUCCUUUAUUCACAGCUCAGUUGAUCUUCAGCUGUACACAAAUGGCUGUUAAGACUGCCUUAAGUUCCUACCAGGCUCUUACCAGUUGCUUUCAUUUCUUUUCUAAUACAAGCUGCUCAUUAUGCUGCAGUGAAUUACUGUCAUUCCGCAAAGACGUGACACACCAGUGAAUGUAUUUAUUAUUGUGCAGUGCAGCACAUUCGUAUCAAUAUUUAUAGAACUUGAAAAAUCUGGGCGCAUGUUCACCAAGCAGUUUCUAUACCACACAGCGACUUUUAAAAAAAAGUGGUACCAGCCAUUUGUGAUAGUCAACAUAUCCCCUCCAGGUGCCAUGUGCAUAAUUGCGCUCACCAAAAUAUAGUACGCUAAAACCCAAACCACUGAGAAAGGUACCACAAUUGAAAAUUUGUUGCAGACAUCUUGACACCCUCGCAGAACACACACCUCUGCUUGAAGUUUGAAUAUCUGUAAGGUGUUUUUGGAAGGUAGACGUUUUGGUGCUUACUCUGUUUCAGUCUGUCAUUGUGUAGUGGUUUCACAUCAUUUCUUGUUUUUCGCAAUGUUUUACAUCAGGCGUAUAUUUCGAGAGGCCGGAUGGGCCACUUUCCAAAUGAGCUAGACACAAUACUGUUGAUGUUAUUGUAACUGACAUCUCUGCGGAGAAUUUUCACAGGUAGUCCACUUUCUGUAAGCUUUCAAUAUGUGGCAUGAUACUAAAGAAAAAAUAUGUGGUGAUACCAAAUUUUCAACGAGUAGAAUUGAUUGGUGCCUGAAGGGGAUAUAAUACUUGGUAACAACCUGCCCUCUGUGCCUCAUAGUUCCUGAGAGAUGCAAACAUUGUAAAGAAUUCGCCCCAGCCAGGACGUCAUGGAAAUCAGCAUGUAUAAUUGGCUGCUGCAUCUGUGCAAGUUUUGUUUGAGCUGGACGUACGUGGUGCUGAAUUCGUAGGUUGUCACUGACUGAGUUGAACCUCUAUAUAACAAAUUAUCAGAUAUAAUGAAAUAAACCUGAGACUUCUCAUCGAUAUGAGCAGGUAAUGAAGGUGCUCAUAAUGAAUAUAACGAAGGCAUUUUUGUGUUGGACGUGACUUAGCUAUAACAAGGUUUGACUAGUCAUACCUUGUUAUGAUCAAAUUACACUUUACAUGUAAAUUCUUUUGUGAUAUCCAGUAUUCAUUAUGCACACUAUUUGUAGAGUCAAACAUUGUUGUAACGAAAUAGCAUCGAUACCUUUGUUAUAUCCAAUAUUUGUUACAAGUCUGUUUGUUACACAGUUUUGGCUAAAAGAUUUUUUUUAUUUAUUUCGUUAUAUCCAGUGAUUCAUUGUAAUGAGAUUCAACUUUAGCAAUAAGGCUGAACAAUUGCAGGCAGGGCGUAUGAAAUAAUACUUUUGUGAAUUCGGCCCUUGGUCACUAUAGCCGGUUACUAUGGACUGCGUUUACAUUUGAGCCUAAGGUUCAGGUAAUGUUCCUGUUAUUUUCUCAUUGAGAUAUCAAAGCUUUGUGAAGUUAAGUUUCCACAAGUGAUACUGAGUAUAUGUAGAAAUUGCUUUGUGCUUCCUCCAUCAUGUUUGUACAAUGGUCUCUUAGCUUGCACACAUACAAUUAUAUGCAAUGUGUUUCUAAUACAAUUGUUUGUUUGCUGUGUUGUUUAGCCACUUUGUUUCGGCAAGAGAUAUUGAAUCACCUCUGGCCCAUGGUGUGAUCAUCCAAGCAUUAACAAAAGCAGUCCAUAAAUUUGAUUGCGUCAAUUCACAGCAGCUCAUAGAAAGAAGACUUAAACCCGUCUGAUAUGCGUAUACGUUAAAUGAAAUGACUGCACUUUUACAUUGCAGCGUUUUUGAAUCGUAGCUCACAGCUUAACCCUCUAAAAGACACCUUGGCAAUAUCGUAGGCACCACAAUAAUGUCCAUGCAACACGAAUUCCUAAGCAUUAAGAGCUGUGCUUCAGCCUUUCGUUUUUCGUAAAAAUUCGGUUUACGUGAAUUCGUUUGGAACUUAUUACAGAGUGCGUGGAAUGACGGCAGUAGUGUGCUAACAAAUGGCUGCCAUAUUUUCCUUUGACAUUUGCAACAUAUAAGAAAAAAUAUUUUGUACAAAGAGCUUGGGGAUAUUUUCUUGCUUCAUGGCUAUUCGUUCAUUUCCCAGUGAAAUACUAUAUCUCUAUCCUUACAAAGUCCAUUGACUUUGAAAACACAGGCUUUCCAACUCCCUAAAAUGGCAGAUUUAUGAUGGUGUAAACCUUUCUCGUUUUGUUCAUUUUGCUUUUAUGUUGCAAUAUCUACUUUAUGUUCAUUUGAGAUGAAUAAAGAGGCAAAAGAAGCCCUAUGAAAA